AUGAGAUCGCCGGGCGGGGUUGUGGAGCCUGGGGAGGUCUGCAGCGGGGAUGUGCCGUCACUCGCGCGACUCUGGGCAACCGCAUCCUUCACGGCCUGGACAUCCCUGUUGGACAUUUUGCCGGUCUGGAACAUGCGAGAAAAACGGUUGCUCAUCUUCUGUUUCUGUGGUUUAAGAGAAGACACCGCAUCUCCGUGUGGCGAUGAUGCAGGAACCGGGAGAUGGGUGUCUUCCAUAGCCUUUGUUAUCUGGUCGCCAUUCGGAUCGUCUGAGGUCUGCGAUGUCGAUGAAACUGUUGAGGGUGUAGACAGUGGAACGGAUGGAUUCAUGUGCGUCGGUCAAUCGGCCAGGGUUGCUGCGGAAGUAUACUUUGUUUAUGUUGGAGGCGAAAUUCAAGCGCAAGAUUCCGAAGUAUCGAAGGCAAAAAAAAAGGAAUGA